AUGUCGCGUAUUACAUUCUCUCAAGAUAACCGAAAUGGGAAUUCCGCUGCCCCUCGAGACUCCCUAGAACUCGCUUCCCUUGCUUCCUCCUCUCCUGUCUCCGUGGGCAGGUCAUCCCGGUCCUCGUCCCCCGGCAUCUCGUCCUCGCGCAAGCUCUCUCUCGAGGAUGAGGAUCCUCUAGGAGCUCCAGACCAUGACGACAAUGCUGAACCAAGCCGCCAGCGAGGAUUACGUUCUUAUUCCAUCUCCUCAGCGUUCGAUUUUGGGCGGAACCUCUUUCCGCUGUCGCAAACACAAGGUGGUUACGCUCCGCUUGGGACCCCGGCACUGGACCGCCAAGAACUUGGGGAUGGCUCGUUGGAACGGAACAAGACAUUGACAUAUUUGAACGGUCUUUCGCUCGUUAUUGGGUUGACCAUCGGGUCCGGAAUCUUCUCGUCCCCGAGCCAAGUCAAUGCAAACGCGGGCUCGCCUGGAGCCUCGCUCAUUGUUUGGGUAGUGGCGGGCUUAUUGGCUUGGACGGGAGCUGCUAGUUAUGCCGAACUGGGAGGAGCUAUUCCGCUCAAUGGAGGGUCUCAGAUUUAUCUGUCCAAGAUCUUUGGAGAGUUGGCAGGCUUUCUCUUCACAUGGUGUGCCGUGUUGGUCCUGAAGCCCGGGUCUGCCGCGAUCAUCUCCAUCAUUUUUGGGGAGUACGUCGUGCGAGCUUUUGUGGGUGCCGACGUGGAAAAUGUCAGUCCCUGGAUCAACAAGGGAGUGGCCUUCGGAGGACUAUUGGCUGUGACAUUGUUCAAUUGCAUAUCCACCAAGAUCGCCACUCGCGUUGGGGAUCUUUUGAUGUUUUUCAAAUUCGUCGCUCUGCUCGGUGUCACCGUCACUGGCGUCGUCGUGGCGAUGACCGGUCUUUCGUCUAAAGGUAAGGCCAGUCAGGAAUGGAAGACGACCGGCUGGUUCGAGGGCACCAACACAGAAAUCUCUGAUUUCGCCGUGGCAUUAUACGCGGGGCUCUGGGCAUUCGAUGGCUGGGACAAUACCAACUACGUGACGGGCGAGUUCAAAAACCCUAACCGCGACCUACCACGAGUGAUCCACACAGCCAUGCCGCUGGUCAUCUUGAGCUAUCUGCUCGCCAAUAUCUCAUAUUUCCUGGUUCUGCCCCACUCCACCAUCGAGGCGAGCAACACCGUCGCCGUUCAGUUCGGCAGGAAGGUGUUCGGUCCGGUGGGAGCCCUGAUUCUGGCACUGGUGGUGUCCGCCAGCUGCUUCGGCGCUUUGAACGCAACCACCUUCACCAGUGGCCGGCUCGUCUAUGCGGCUGGCAAGGAAGGCUACCUUCCCUCGCUCUUUGGCCAGAUUGGCCUCCGCAACUCUUCCUCCUCAGGUCCUUCGCCGGGCGGACGACUCCGCCGCCGUUCUUGGGCCAGCAAGUCACUUUCUCGACUGUUUGGAGAAGACGUCCACUUCGGAUACACUCCCAUGAAUGCCAUGGCCUUGAACGGUGUGCUGACUGCCAUCUACGUCGCCAUGGGCGAGUUUAAAACCCUAGUCACUUUCUACGGUGUCGCGGGCUAUACCUUUUACUUCCUGACUGUACUCGGUCUGAUUGUCCUGCGCAUCCGGGAGCCUCGCCUGGAACGUCCAUACCGCACCUGGAUUACCACCCCGAUCAUCUUCUGCUGCGUCAGUCUGUUUCUGCUCAGCCGGGCCGUGGUUGCCGAGCCACUGCAGACCCUGAUCGUUGUGGCGUUUAUCACAACGGGUGUCCCAAUCUACUACUGGCGCAUUCACCAGCGGGAUGGCCAGACUGGAUUCCCUGGCUGGAAGUUCUGGAAACGUGCCGCAUAG